CGCUUGUUGUCAGUUGCAACAAAAUGGCUGCUGGAGCGGCGCGCUGAGCUGAGCGCUGGAGUCGGAUUACAUUAAAUUACGGCGAAGUCCAUCAGACUGAAUCAGACGGACACCCUGUCCACUCAGAGAGGCGGCGUCUGUUCACGCGUGCGUUUAAAACGCGGCGUUAAAACCAGUUUUCCCCUACUUUUCAUUUUUAUUUUUGCACUUUACACCAGAGGCUCGCGAACACGUCACUGAGAGAGAAAAAAAGAAGACGAAAAAAAGAAAAAAGCUGCAAAGGCAAAGAGCGAAGCGCUUCAGCUCGGUCAGGACGCACAGCCAGCCCGAAACAGGCUCCUCUGCUGCACUGCUGUUUUGUUUUUUUGUUUCCUUAUAAUUUCUUUUUCUUUUGCUGGUCGGGUCGUUUUCGGUUGUUGUGGAAGGUUUAAGAAGCCCUGCUGCUGUCGGACUGGCGGUGUUGUUGGACUGCGCUCUGCCUGCGGUACCUAUCAAGCUGAGAGACGAAGCGAGAAACACAAGAAGAGAACCAUUUGAUGGAAGAAAAGAAAAAGAAAAAGCAAGAAGAAAAGAAAAAGAAAGAAGCUGCUCAGAAAAAGGCUGCUGAACAGAAAACCAAAGUGCCAGACUCUGCCAAGCCCAGCCCUGCCCCUCUUCCCCCUGCCAACCCCAGCGCCACCAACCCAUCUGUGCCCUCAGCCAGCAGCAGCAGCGGAGUUGGUGGUGGAAAUGGAAAGCGCGCCCCCUCCAGCACCCCGCAGCAGCAGCAGCAGCCGGCAGCGCUCCGUUACCCUCCCCGCGAGGUGCCCCCACGUUUUCGUCAGCACGAGCAAAAGCAGCUGCUGAAGAGAGGUCAGCCCCUGCCCGCCGGGAGCACCGCCGUGGUACAGCCAUCCACGGCCAGCCCUGCAACACAGCCUUUCUCCAGCCAAACACACUCAGAGCUGUCCCCACAGAGUGGCCAGUCAGCGCAGUAUGAGAACCCCCACUGGGGACAUAUAUCCACCAAUCGCAGUGCCACUGUACCCACAACCAGCAGCAACAGCUGGGAUCAACUGAUCAUAGACGAAAGCGAUACCGAGGCGUGGCCUUCUAUUUCUCGCAGCGAAAGCCACGUUCCUGCAGGAUGCCCCUCGGACACUGAGAGUGCCGGUGACGUCAACAGCAGCACAAACAGCAUGAGCAUGGCCACGGGGGCCGGUCAGCAAGGCCACUUUCCCGCUAAUCAUCCCAGUAAAGCCAGUACCGGCCACUCAGGCGGCCUCCUCUCCAGCCAAGGCGGGGCCAACAGAGGCUGGGGCUCAGGCCCUUCUCCUGCCGGAGGUGGGGAUGGAAAGAGUGAUGGCAGCAGUUCGUCAAUGGGAGCCAGGGCCUGGGGCUCCUCCAACUUUAACUUGAACUUGAAUCCCAACGCCAACCCCUCCGCAUGGCCAGUCCUAGGACAUGAAGGGACCGGCGUGGGUGGCAGCUCUGGAGGAUCCAACCCCCCUCCUUCUAGUAAUCUCUGUAGCCCACCAGGUGCGCCGCCCACUGGCACCAGCAGCAGUGGCAAUAUGGGCGGUGCCAAUGGAAGUUCUGCCGGUAAUGGCACCAGUGGCAGCAAUGGCAGCAACAGCGCCUGGGGUGGUAUGGUGCCUGCUGACACCUCAGAGCCACACUCCUCCCCGUCCACGAAUGUGUCUUUUAGCUCCGAACCUCAGAACCUUAACACUGAUGGACCAAAUCACACUAAGCAGGAGCCCAUGAGCCCUGGGCAUGGCCUGUCCAACUGGGGUGUCACCCCAGUGGGCAUGGGCUCCUUUGUCCAGCCUUCAACCGGAACUUCACAGGUAAAUGGGGAGGAGGGAUCAGUCUGGGGCAAUGGAGAUGCCAAGUCUGCCAGUGGCUCCAAGGAUUCGGGUUGGGACUCAGGGAGCGGUUGGGGUCAAGGAGCAGCUUCAGGCACCACUGGCUGGGGACAGCCUUCCUCCAGUGGUGACUGGGGCAAGCAUUCCAGCAGUGAGCCUAAAGGGUGGGAAUCUACAAGCUCUCCCACUCAAGAGCAGCAGCUCAGUUCUUGGGGCAGUGGAGCCAAUGCUCCGGCUAGUGAGGGAAGCAGCGAUAGCAUGGAUGGACACUCUCACAGGAGGGACCGGUCAUCAAGAGAUGUGGUCCCACCUCUCCUUCCUGCCCAGGACAUGGACCCAAGGGUUCUUUGCAACACAGGCUGGGGCCAGACCCCUGUGCGUCAACAUACGGCCUGGGAGACAGAGGAAGCCGCGCGUUCAAAUCGCAAGAACGACAUUGGCACCGAAGCAUGGGGUGCGUCCUCAAGCACACCCAGUGCAGGACCACCGGCAACUCCUGGCAGUGCCAAUGCAACAUCUGGCACUGCUUCCAGACCUGACUCUGGGGGCAAGAGUGAGAGCCCCUGUUCCACUGCUGCAGCUACUUCAGGAUGGGGCACAGCCAUGCCGACCCCAACUCAACCUGGCUCUGGGUGGGGAGACGCCCAAAGUACCAAGAAGCCCCCAACUGGACCUGGGGGCUGGGGCAACCCCCCACCUGGAGGCCACAGUGGCAACCUGCAAAAAAGUGGACAGUCCUGGGGCUCUGAAGAGAAGUCUCCCACCUGGGAUGACUCCCAUGCCAAGUCAAAACCUCAGGGUUGGGGUGAGGGGCCCAAGCCCCAAUCCCAUGGAUGGGGCAAUGGAUCCGGAGGAGACAAUGGGUCUGGUGGUGAAUGGGGUGACUCUGGAGAAGGGAAGAAGAAUGGCCCAUCCAGCUCUUCCUGGGAUGGAGAGGGAUCAAGCUGGAAGGAGGGCCCUCGUGGAUGGGGAAAACCCAACCCAGGAGUUGGGGGAGGCUGGGGGGAUACACAACGCUCCUCUGCCCCAGCACAGGGAUGGAGUAAUAAGCCUCAGGAGGGCAGCAGUGGCAAUAGUGGUAGUGGGAGCAUAGGCUCAUGGGGAGGUCCUGGCUCCGUCAAGCAGAACAGUUCUGGAUGGAGUGGAGGAAAUGGGGGAGGAGUUAAACAUAAUCAUGUUGGAGAGCCAACAGGUUGGGAAGAACCUUCUCCACCUUCCAUCCGACGCAAGAUGGAGAUUGACGACGGUACCUCAGCUUGGGGCGAUCCAAGCAGUUAUAACAAGACGGUCAACCUCUGGGACAGGAACAAUCCUGGAAUGCAGGGUAAAACAGGCCCUGGAAAUGCCAACAAUCCUCCCAACAAUCAUCACCACCAUACCCACCAUAAUCAGCAACACAUGCAGGGCCAUGGCCAUGGAGGGCCAAACGGAGCCAACAACCAUAUCUCUCCUGACAAUGCAAGCCCUCAUCAGACUGUGGCCCCUCACAGCAGAGCACCCGUUAUGGCUUCAGGAUGGGGCGAGAAGUCGAAUGUCCACUCCAAAACUGAGCCCUCAUGGGGAGAGCCAGCGGCCCCUGCAGUGAGUGUGGACAAUGGCACAUCAGCCUGGGGUAAACCGCCUGGAGGCUGCGGUGGUUGGGGAGACGGCAGCCCUGAAAGCUAUAGUCGAGGCAACGUGCCGCAAGGAUCUGCCCCCUGCAAGUCAGCCCCUAAAUCUAUGCAAGAUGGCUGGGGAGGUGGUGAGGAUGUGGCUCUGUCGGCAGGGCAGUGGGAGCAGGAUGAGGGUGACAUGUGGAACAGCACGGCCUCUCAGGAGAGCAACUCGUCCUGCAGCUCUUGGGGGAACCCGCCCAAGAAGGGUCCACAGAAGGGUAAGGUUCCUAACAAACAGGACGAUGCCUGGAUUAUGAACCGUCUGAUAAAGCAGCUAACUGACAUGGGCUUCCCUAGAGACCCUGCAGAGGAGGCUCUGAAGAGCAACAACAUGAACCUGGACCAGGCCAUGAGCGCCCUGCUAGAGAAAAAGACUGAACUGGAUAAGCGGGGGAUGGGAAUCUCUGACUACAACAACGGCCUCGUCAACAAACCAAUGGGCUGCAGGCCUUCAGUCAUCUCCAAAGAAUCCUCCUCAGACCGCGCCCCCUUCCUGGAUAAGGAUGGUGGACUAGCGGACGAUGCCCAAACUUCACCAUUUUUGCCUUCUCCCAGCCUGAAGCUCCCGUUGGCCGGUGCUGCCCUCCCCGGCCAGGGCCUCGGGGUCGCCAUGCAAAACUUGAACAACAGACAGAUGCAGAGUGGAAUGUUUGGCAGUAGUGGAACAGCACAAACACGGGCCGUGCAGCAGCAGCCUCCUCCUCAGCCGACAGUGCCACCUCUCAACUCCUCCCAGCCUAGUCUACGCGCUCAAGUGCCUCAGUUUCUCUCCCCUCAGGUUCAAGCACAGCUCUUACAGUUUGCAGCAAAAAACAUUGGUCUCAACCCUGCACUUUUGACCUCACCAAUAAACCCUCAGCAUAUGACCCUGUUGAACCAACUUUACCAGCUGCAACUGGCAUACCAGCGUUUACAAAUUCAGCAGCAGAUGUUGCAGGCGCAACGUAACGUUUCCGGCCCCAUCAGACAACAAGAGCAGCAAGUUGCACGUACAAUCAAUAACAUGCAGCAGCAGAUCCAGCAGCACCAGCGGCAGCUGGCCCAGGCUUUGCUGAUGAAGCAGCAGCCUCCCCCUUCCCACCCAAGCCUGCACCCAGGGGCAGGAAAAUCUGCCCUGGACUCCUUUCCUGCCCCACAGGCACCGGGCCUGACCGUCUCUGACCUGCAGACCAAAGAGCCGCAGUCUUCUCCAAACUCAUUCUCCCCCUAUGCUCUCUCUGGACUGAACCCUAACAUGAAUGUAAACUGCAUGGAGGUGGGCGGUCUGUCCAUGAAGGAUUCUCCUCAGCCUCAGUCACGCCUGUCACAGUGGACACACCCCAACUCUAUGGAAAACCUCUCUGGAAACUCCUCCCCCAUGGAGCCUAGUCUUAGCAAGCAUGGUGCCAUCUCUGCAGGGCCUAAUCUCGGCCCUCCAGGUAAGCCCUCUCUGGACGACUCCUACAGCCCUUAUAACCUGAUCUCCAGCUCUGAAUCUCCGGCCAGCCCGCUGGUGCCCCCGGACAGCUGGGGCCAGAACAAGAGCGCUAACGACAAAAUCUCCAAUGGGACCAACAUCAACUGGCCGCCAGAGUUCUGCCCAGGAGUGCCCUGGAAAGGACUGCAGAACAUUGACCCUGAGACUGACCCCAACGUCACCCCAGGAAGUGUUCCCAGCGGCCCUACAAUCAACACCAACAUUCAGGAUGUGAAUCGCUACCUGCUCAGAGACCGAAGCGGAGGUAAACUGUCAGAUAUGAAGUCCACCUGGUCCCCGGGUCCCAUCUCCCACACCCAGGCCUCCCUGUCCCACGAGCUCUGGAAGGUUCCUCAGGGUCCGCGGAACACCACGGCCCCCACACGGCCCCCGCCAGGUCUCACCAACACCAAGCCCUCCUCCACCUGGGGAGGAAAUAGCCUGGGCCUGGUGCCUGGCUGGAGCAGCUCAUACUCCUCAGGUACUACAUGGAGUACGGACAGCUCCACUAGGACCAGUAGCUGGCUGGUACUGCGGAACCUCACACCACAGAUUGAUGGUUCUACACUGCGGACGCUGUGUAUGCAGCACGGCCCCCUCAUUACAUUCCACCUCAACCUGACGCAGGGAAACGCUGUGGUGCGCUACAGCUCCAAGGACGAGGCUGCCAAAGCCCAGAAAUCCCUGCACAUGUGUGUGCUGGGCAACACCACUAUCCUUGCGGAAUUUGCUGGAGAGGAGGAGGUGAACCGUUUCUUUGCACAGGGUCAGUCCCUCACGCCCACCACCAGCUGGCAGGCCAACCCGGGCACCAAUCAGACGCGGCUGGGGGGCGGAGCGGCUGGCACCUCGCACCCCAUUGGCCACUGGAACAGUAGCAGUCUGGGAGGAGGAGGAGGAGGAGGAGGGGGCGCUGGGGGAGGAGCCGGGAGCGGGGCCAAGGCGGGCAGCGAGCUGCUGUGGGGCGGAGUCCAGCAGUACUCCAGCCUGUGGGGGCCGCCCAGCUCGGAGGAUGGCCGAGUGGUGGGCAGCCCGACGCCAAUCAACACGCUGCUUCCUGGAGACCUGCUGAGUGGAGAGUCCAUGUAGAGACAGGCCAAUCCUCGAGGAGGAGAGAUACGGAGUUUAUUGAAAAUAAAAAAACAGGAAAUUUAAAGAAAGACUUGAAGAAAACAAACAAACAAAAAAAAAGAUCCACACAGGAGCAAAAACCAAGCAAAUCAAAUCGUGGCGAUAAUCAGCAUCAGUGGAACUGUGAACCAAGAGACAGGAGGUUGAGGCAACACUUAAAAAGCGUAAAAGGCUGCUGACCUUCUUCCUCUUCUCCUCCUUAUUUUACAUCAUUUCAUUUGUGUUAUUUUUUUCUGUAUGGUUACAGUAUUCUGUGUAAGACUUUUGGAGAAGAGAGAAGUACCCAGUUGCUAUAAACAAAAGGAAAGAGAACCUUUACUAGACUUUCUCUGAUAAACUGAAAGUGUAUUUUACUACAAAACGAGACAAGCUGCCAUUUUUGAGAGUCCCCUGGCACUAGCCCUGCUCCCGAGCAAACAGUGUACAAGCCCCUCCCCCAAAGAAACGCAUCAUUCCGAUUGGCCCUUUUCCCUUUAGAUUGGAUCCAUUGCUUUUUAUUCGUCUGUUUGAACAGCACUAAACUUUUAGCCUUAACUGCUUACCAGCCCCCUCUACCACAGUCGCUCUGGGCUUACUCUGGGGAUUGCACUUUUGUACUUAUUUUUGAGCCAGCGGAGACGAGAGGAAAGUUACACGUUUGACCUCACACGCACUCGCCCUCUCCUCCAGGCCCGUCCGUCCGCGAAGUUAUCUAAGGAUCGGACCCGCGGCCGGUGCUUCAGAACAGGCUGAGGGAACAGUUGCCCGGCAUAUGUGUGCCAUAUUAUUAACCACUGUCUUCAGAACACUUCAACAUGCACCGCGCAGAACCAGAUGGUUACAUUUCCUUUACUCCUCUAUCAGCUCCAUGAAUGACCUCAAACUUUGGAACCUGGAAAAAAAAAAGGAGGAGAAGCCCUAGUUCAUGAUUGUCUGACGUGCAAUAUGCCACAGACUCUUCCGUCCAUCUUUACGCAGUGCUUAUUAAUGCUGGUGAAGUUUUAUUUUUUAAGUUUGGGUGGGGUUGGGACAAAAAACAAAAAAAAACUUUUCUCCUCCCACAUCGCAAGAGCGGGACUUUAAAAAAAGGAGGAGGAGCUUUUUUUUGUGUUGUGUGUGUGAGCCCUUAGUGAAAUCGUCACUAGCACUUCCUCAAAACACACACAUGCGCAAACAAGCGGAGUGACUACAGGGGGACACGGGCUUCAAACCAAAUAAUAGGUGUUUAUCGUAACCCAGUAGACAAGGUGCAUUUUAUGUUGUAUUUGGUACAAAAGAGUAGAACAAAGAGACUGGUUUAAAGAACGAAAGAAAGUGUGGUUUAUCAUAGCACUUAGCAAGAGCGUCAGGCUUUGACCUUCUUCAAUGCCAACAAAAUUACACAUGGAGAGACGAAACUGAAAAAAAAGCAAUGAAAAAAAGCAAUCUACGGCUUCUCCAUGCUGUUUUUUUAAACUCUAAAUGGUUUUCUUUUUUUUUAUUAUUAUUAUUUUAUUUGUCCCUCCAUAGUCUACAGACUUGGAUGGAUCUUUAUAAAUGGUAGCAAAUGAAGGGUAGUUUGAAGAAGAAGAAAAAAAACAAAAAAAAGCAAGACUGAUACUAAAGCAUUCAUUUUGAGAUAUUAUUAUAUAUCAAAGUAAAUAUCACUGUUACAGUAACUCCAAAAUGUUUAGCCUUUUGUCUGGAGACGCUAGACGUGUCGUCUCGUCAAUGUCGUGACGGAUCCUGCGGGGCCUGAAACCCCGCCUUCCUGGAUGAAAAAUGGCCACUGAGUGCCUAUCUGCUGUGCGCUAGAGCUUAUAGCGCAGCUACUUCAUUAAAAAAAAAAAAAAAAAAAGAAAGAAAGAAAAAACUGAACUGAACUGGCCCUUCAGUACUACUGCGCCAGCACCCGACCUCCAACUCCACUCUCUAAAAACUUUCUUCUCAUGCAAAGAUCACUUUAGCUGGAAGUGGUGGACAAGACCUUAUUAUUAUUUUCAGUCAUUGGUUGUUUUUAUUUUACUGGAAUUGCCAGUGUUGUUAUUUUUGUCAACAUUGCUGUUGCUGUUAUUGUUGAUGAUGAUAUUUUGCGCUUUUUUGUGUGUAUAUGUGUGUCCAUGCAGUGGUCUUUAACGGUAGCUGCUCUCACCAGCCCCUUUCACUGCACAUAUGCAGGAACACUCGUAAGAGUGAGAGUAAGAGACGCUUACAUUUUGCAACCGUUCCCGGUCAGCCGGUCAUGCUGAUCUCGAACGAUCUAGAGUCCGAUCUAGAAUGAAGUUUUAUGAUGGGUUUGGGUUUUUUUUUUUGUUGUUUUUUUUUAAUGGUUCUCUUAUAGAUGGACUGAGAUUUAGGGGCAAACCCUACUGGAACGAGGAACUGGGUGGAGAUCUCAGCCUGCCUUCUUCUUUUUCUCCUCAUCCUCCAUCUCACCCUCUUCACAUUGACCUCCCCUCUGUCCUUCACGUUCUCGCGCUGUCCUGCAAGGCUACACUCUCCCUGGUGCUGAAGACGAAGCGCGACUGUAAUUUCCACGCCGCCUCUCAACGUAACAGUAAUAAAAGCAAAUGAUAAACGGAGACGCCGCUCUCUUCUUCUAUGCAAAGACUGACCGAGAGGCGCAUGGUCACAGCCAUCGAAAUACGAACCCCACCACUCUCUUCUCGUCCUCUUAGAUGUCCACUUUUCCUCUCUGAGCAGGCAGCUUCCUGUUUACGUGAGUCCAUUAAUCAUCAGGCCCUUAUCGUUUACGCUCUUACACUGUCUGUACACGCAGUCUCAGGGCAGGCUCACAGAAAUCCCACCUUAGUUCGUCUUCAGGAGGAUGCCAGAUGUCUCUUAUCGCUUUAAUUUAAUCUCAUGGUCGCCUCCACCACAUAAUCAGAUGUCCAUGGAACCUUGGCUCCGUAUAUUUGUUGUACAUUUGGAGAUGGAGAGGUAGAAUGCAGGCUGAAAUCAAGAAAUCGAGAAGGACAGGUAGCACCUUGUCCCAGGUAACAAAAAGAAAGACCUGGACGGACUGCUGAGAACUAAAACAGGGAUUAUUCCAGAAUGCUUUGGUGCACUGUAGAUGGUUCACAUCGGGUACAUCAUCUUUUAAACCAAAAAGGAAAAAAAAAGUUUUUUUUUCUUUUUAAAUCUGUUACUUUUCAUAUGAACCUGUAGUACACUCUUCAAUCUUUGGCUGAAGUGCUUCUCUCUGCAAGCCUUUUUUUUAACGCCCCAAAGCAGCAGUCGGCAGGACGAAUGCUGAACUGAUGGUAUUCAAUUCUGUCCAGGGGCGAAAUAUUUUCACAGAUGUGGGCCCAGGUGGGGCCCCUCUGCUUCAGGAGGACGAGGGUUGCUGCAUGUCAGUUGGUACCAAGUCUUAAAAUUGGCAAAAACGCCCUGAAGACUUCUGAAGCUUUGUGUUUUUCGUCAGACUCGAGUGACACUAGUAACAAUCACUAUUGCCUGUUUGUUUGUUUUUGGGUUUUCUAUUUUCUUCCAACUGCCUUGCUUUAAAGCUGUACUCGAAGCCACCAGACUGUCAAAGGAACAUCCUACUGUGGGGUCGACUGACGAAUCCCCAUGAACACCAAGCUGCUGCAUGAUCCAGAAAGCCUCUCCGUCUGUUUGCAGCUCGCCAACAAGCAUCCAGCCACCACUACGGACAAACUGGAUUAUUCUAAAGCACCCAACUCGCCAACCUGAGCGUAGAAUACGAGCGAUCAAUCACAGGACUUGUUUUGGGGGGUGUGCCGGGGGGGGUGUGGGAUCCAAUCUUUUCUCCAAGGUCCUGGGUAGAAUAUGCACACGCUGGUUGAUAUACAUGCACAUUUGUAAGCCUAUGUAUGUAUAUAACUGGUUUUAUCUCUACACUUAAUUUCCCUUAACGUACGCUCCCAGGCCUAAAUCAGCCUCCCCCCCCUUACGUCUUUCUGUACGUACCCAGAUACAAAAAAAAAAAGUAUAAACAUAUCAAUUAGACAAAAUGAAAGAAAUACAAAUACUUGAAUCAAAAGAAGCGCCAAUAAUGUAAUGUGAAACUUUUUGUAAUCUUUUUUGUCAUUCAUACACUUCCAAGCUUUUUUGAUAACGGUUCAAAACGAGCUAAAAAAAAGGAAAAAAAAAAAUAACGCAAGAUGACAUCUAUUGUGUGUGGGUGUUUGCACAAGACUGUGUGUACUGUAUGAAGAGUGAAUGUGCUCAAAGGUUCAAACGUGUGUGUGGUUACAGCGGGUUUGAUCCCAACUUUUGGUUAAAUUCAGUAAUUUUUUUCUUUUUUUUUUGCAUUUAUUUUUAGUUUUUUCGCUAGUCAGUAGUCAGAAAUAUAUUCGGACGUGUAUUGUUGUCGUUAUUAGCUUCUAGCGUUGCACUGAGUGUCUGCCUCCCCUCUUUCAGCUAAUCGUACAACAUGAAAUAAAGUACUGAGGGACGAGGUGACAAUUCAUGUGUUAAUGUUUACUCAAGGACUUAUUGAGGAAAAAAUGUGUUUUUUUAAAUAUCUGUAAUGAUUAUCUACCUUGUAGUGGCUUUUAUUGUGGAAUAUUCCAUAACAAAAAUGGAUUAUUAUGAGUAUUGCACCAUUUUUUCCAGAUUAUAACAAAAAAAAACGCAAAGGUAAAAAAAAUUAAAAAUGGACAAAAAAUAUAUAUGUAAAAAAAUGUGGCCAUAGAUUGGUUUAGAGGGACUUGUAACUCCAUCUAGAGACCUAGUUUGUUACAAGGCUCAGUUCAGAGGUGCCUACCUUUUGCUUUUUUCUGUAUCUUUUUUUUUGUUUUUUGCAAGGCCACCAACAGUUUACAAGCAUUUCAUUUUUUCCGAAGAAGGAAGAGGAAAUUACUGUGGGAAUGUCAGGAAAAAACAAAUAAAAAAACAACAAAAAAUGACAAAAAUUAAAAAAAAAAAACGAAGGACAUACUUCCAUCACGAAUAACAAACACUUUACAGAAUGAAGAUUAUUGUGCUACUUGCAGAACUCUGGGAUCGAUCAGUGUUGUCAUAUUAAUUUUUUUUUUUUAAUUUCUAUGUUGUCAAAUGUUGAUUUCAUGGACUAUUGAAGCCUGUAUGUUUUUUCCUUUGUGAAAAAAGAUAUAAUUGCUCACUAUCUUGCACACACGUGAAAAAGUGGAUCAUGUCUCAGGAAGGCAAGGGUUCCAGAGUACCAACUCCACGCCAUUUUAAAUGUUCAUUUUUAUGAGGAGAAAAAAAAAA